CCUUUAAAUAUCGCCAAUACCUCCGGUCGACGUUGAAAUUAACCCCAUCACUAUGCCUCGCCUGGAACCUAUUUCCGUAGUCGCAAGUCCACCCGAGGGCCAUUUGGCCCGGGAUGCAAAAUGGAAAUCCGUCAUCAUUGUCGCCGCCUCGUUCGUCAUUAUCUUCACGUGCUGUGGUCUCAACUUCGCUUGGGGCGUGUAUCAAGCCCUGUACGAGAGUCUAUCAAGGAAGCCCGGAACCCCCUUUACCGGAGCGACACCCGCAGAGAUUGAUUUGAUUGGUACUAUCUCGGUAUCUCUCAUGACUAUCGGGGCUCCCUUUGCCGUCGCCUGGGCCAAACGCUUCUCCCCUCGCAUGGUAUCUUUUGCUGGUGGCUUUGUGUUCGGGCUUUCUCUCGUCGUGGCUAGUUUUGGGACCCAACUGUGGCAUUUUGAACUGGCACAGGGCCUUCUGAAUGGUAUUGGCACCUGCUUGUGCUACAUGGUGCCUGUUACUAUCGCUCCCACCUGGUUUACCCAUCACCGUGGACUCGCCAUGGGCAUCAUCUUAGCGGGAACCGGUGUGGGUGGUCUUGUCUGGGCGCCAGCUCUGACGGCCUGCGUCAAUAACCUAGGCUAUCGCAAUACUCUGCGUAUGACCGGGGGUUUGUCUUUUGCCCUGAUCUCCAUCGCCAGCGGUGCAAUGGCCUGGGAGCCGGGCAGUCGAACCCGGAUCGAGAUGGAAAACUCCACCAGGACCAGUCGUGCCGAUGGGAUUCUGAAAGUGCCUCUAGUGGACUGGCGGGUUGCCCGGACGCGCCGGUUCAUGGCUCAGGCCCUGAGCGCCAUCUUCCAAGCGGCGGCCUACUACACUCCAGUCUUCUUCUACGCAUCGUAUGCACAAACCCUCGGGUACAGCACCACGGCCAGCUCCAAUUUUAUCGCUCUGAGCAAUGCCUGUAAUGCCGUGGGCAAGAUUGUCAUUGGCCAUCUAGCGGAUCGCCUUGGACGACUCAACGCUCUCUUUCUCACUACCUUCCUAAGUGCAAUCGCCACCACUGCUUUCUGGCUGCCGUCGACACUAUCCGGCGCAACGACGCAAUCGCAGGGGUUGUUCAUCACUUUCACCACCCUGUACGGAACCUUUGCUAGCGCCUAUGUCUCUCUCUUUCCAGCCAGUUUGGUGGAACUCUUUGGCGUGCAGAACUUUGCCUCGGUCAACGGCGUCUUGUACAUGGUGCGCGGCAUGGCCACUAUGGUUGGUACUCCGGUCGGGGGCGUAUUGGUUCGAAACACGGCGAAUGCUUUAAGUCCCCGGGGAUAUGAGAACAUGUCGUUGCUAGUUAGUGGCCUUCUCUUUGCAGCCACGGCGGGAGUCGUCUGGGUUCGACUGGAGGCGAUGAUUGGUCCUGACGGACAUGCCAGGUGGAAAUGGCGACAAUAGUCCCGUCGUAUGAACUUGUAUAAAGGGUCAAUGCAGGCUGAACAUAACGUCCGUAUCUGUACAGAAAGGCCGGGUCCGUGUUUUGUGCGACGAAUGUGCCUGUCAAUCUGUCAUUGAGGCUCGGUACAUGUAGAGGAGAAGUAGAAAACCUAUUCUAAGGAACAAUGUAUAGAGAAUGAGAACAGCAAAGACUUGAACAAGUGGAUAGGACAGGGUGCCACUUAGAGUCACCUAUGGGACAUUUGAGACUGGAU